UUGGUUAAAGAAGUAUAUUAGUGCUAAUUUCUCUCCAUUUGUCCUAGCUUUUCUCUUCUGUCAACCCCACGAGCCUUUGGCACAAUGAAGUGGGUAACCUUUAUUUCCCUUCUCUUUCUCUUUAGCUCGGCUUAUUCCAGGGGUGUGUUUCGUCGAGAUGCACACAAGAGUGAGGUUGCUCAUCGGUUUAAAGAUUUGGGAGAAGAAAAUUUCAAAGACCUGGUGCUGGUUGCCUUUUCUCAGUAUCUUCAGCAAUGCCCAUUUGAAGAUCACGUAAAAUUAGUGAAUGAAGUAACUGAAUUUGCAAAAACAUGUGUUGCUGAUGAGUCAGCUGAAAAUUGUGACAAAUCACUUCAUACUCUUUUUGGAGACAAAUUAUGCACAGUUGCAACUCUUCGUGAAAAAUAUGGUGACAUGGCUGACUGCUGUGCAAAACAAGAGCCUGAGAGAAAUGAAUGCUUCCUGCAACACAAAGAUGACAAGCCAGACCUCCCUCCGUUGGUCAGACCAGAGGUAGAUGUGAUGUGCAGUGCUUUUCAGGAAAAUGCAGAUACAUUUUUGAAAAAAUACUUAUAUGAAGUUGCCAGAAGACAUCCUUACUUCUAUGCCCCAGAGCUCCUUUUCUUUGCUCAAAAGUAUAAAGCGGCCUUUACAGAAUGUUGCCAGGCUGCUGAUAAAGGUGCCUGCCUGUUGCCAAAGCUCGAUGAACUUCAGGAUCAAGGGAAGGCUGCAUCUGCCAAACAGAGAUUGAAGUGUGCCAGUCUUCAGAAAUUUGGAGACAGAGCUUUCAAAGCAUGGUCAGUAGCUCGCCUGAGCCAGAGAUUUCCCAAAGCUGACUUUGCAGAAGUUACCAAGGUAGUGACAGAUCUUACCAAAGUCCAUACGGAAUGCUGCCAUGGAGAUCUGCUUGAAUGUGCAGAUGACAGGGCGGAGCUUGCCAAGUAUAUGUGUGACAAUCAAGAUUCACUCUCCAGUAAACUGAAGGAAUGCUGUGAGAAACCUCUGUUGGAAAAAUCCCACUGCCUUUCCCAUGUGGAAAACGAUGAAUUGCCUGCUGACUUGCCUGAAUUAGCUGCUGAAUUUGUUGAGAGUAAGGAUGUUUGCAAAAACUAUGCUGAGGCAAAAGAUGUCUUCCUGGGCAUGUUUUUGUAUGAAUAUUCAAGAAGGCAUCCUGAUUACUCUCCCAUGCUGCUGCUGAGACUUGCCAAGGCAUAUGAAGCCACUCUAGAGAAAUGCUGUGCCAUGGCAGAUCCCCAUGGAUGCUAUGCCAAAGUGUUUGAUGAAUUCCAGCCUCUUGUGGAAGAUCCUCAGAAAUUAGUCAAACAGAACUGUGAACUUUUUGAGCAGCUUGGAGAGUACAAAUUCCAGAAUGAGCUAUUAGUUCGUUACACCAAGAAAGUACCUCAAGUGUCAACUCCAACUCUUGUAGAGGUCUCAAGAAGCCUAGGAAAAGUGGGCACCAAAUGUUGUAAACAGCCUGAGGCAAAAAGAAUGUCCUGUGCAGAAGACUAUCUGUCUGUGGUCCUCAACCAGUUGUGUGUGCUGCAUGAGAAAACUCCAGUAAGUGAGAGAGUCACCAAAUGCUGCACGGAAUCCUUGGUGAACAGGCGACCCUGCUUUUCUGCUCUGGAGGUCGAUGAAACAUAUGCUCCCAAAGUGUUUAAUGCAGAAACAUUCACCUUCCAUGCAGAUAUGUGCACACUUUCUGAGAAGGAGCAGCAAGUCAAGAAACAAACUGCACUUGUUGAGCUCGUGAAACACAAGCCAAAGGCAACAAAAGAGCAACUGAAAACUGUUAUGGAGAAUUUUGCAGCUUACGUAGAGAAGUGCUGCAAGGCUGACGAUAAGGAGGGCUGCUUUGCUCAGGAGGGUCCAAAACUUGUUGCUGCAAGUCAAGCUGCCUUAGCCUAAAGACAUGACAAUUAAGAGCAUCUCAGCCUACCAUGAGAAAAUAAAGAUCAAAAGCUUAUUCAUCUGUUUUUCUUUUUCGUUGGUGUAAAGCCAACACCCUGUCUAAGAAACAUAAAUUUCUUUAAUCAUUUUGCCUCUUUUCUCUGUGCUUUAAUUAAUAAAAAAUGAAAAGAAUCUAAAAAA